AUGGCGAACGUAUUUGCCGAAUGUGACUCGGAAAGUUUUUUCAUACGAGAAAUUGAAAAAAACGAUGGUACUGUCCUUACAAUGUAUCAGUGCAGCAAAGGUCAUGUAGGUUGCGUAGUGUGGGAUGCAGCAAUCGUUCUCUCGAAGUAUUUAGAGACGGAGCAGUUUUGUAAGUCCGAAAAUGGUGACAGUACCUGGUCUUCUAAAAAAGUAAUUGAGUUGGGAGCCGGCACAGGGGUUGUGGGCAUUUUUGCUGCUACGUUGGGAGCCAACGCUAUUGUAACAGAUUUAGAGGAGUUGCAACCUCUCCUUCAGAUGAACAUCAAGGAAAACCAGGCGCUGAUCAAACAGGGCACAGUGACAGCCAAGGUACUGAAAUGGGGUGAAAAUGUGGCAGAUUUUCUACCCCCACCGCAUUAUAUCCUUAUGGCAGAUUGCAUUUAUUAUGAACAGUCUGUGGUGCCUCUUGUGGAGACUCUGAAAGCCCUGUCAGGACCGGAGACCUGCAUUAUCUGUUGCUAUGAGCAACGCACAGUUGGUGCCAACCCCAAAGUGGAGAGUCACUUCUUUGAGUUGCUGUUGAAAGACUUUGAAUGUGAAGAAAUUCCCCCUGAGAAACAAGACCCAGAGUUCAACAGCCCUGAUAUUCGCAUUCUCCAUCUCCGCCAAAAAGUUGAUUGAAUGUGUGUUUGGGUGGAUGAGGAACAGAGAGGAAAGGAUGAAUGUGUGUGUGUGUGUGUGUUGGAGGCUGUAUGUCUGUAUAUUGCAGAGGAAGCCAAUGAGACUUGUAUGCCUAGAUUGAUGUUGGCUUGACCGUUAUUUAA